AUGUCCCAGCUCGGUAGCUUAGCCCUCGAUGGAGGCGAUCCUCGGCUUCAUAACAAGGAGCGCGAAAAGAUCGACAUCCUCGCUGCGACUGACGCGAGUAAUGGAAUUCGCCCGCAGCACCGCAAGCUGCAUGACUCUAGUGUCACCUUCGAGGAAUACCACUACUAUGCCCAGCAAACCCGUGCCGAAGAGGAUUCUUUUGGUGGCCGAGAGACCGGAUGGCUGUCAAUCGUCUUUCCUUCCAAAAGCGACGGUGGCGUGCAGCAGACGACCACCAAUGGGGGCAAGGAUGCCUCGACCAUCAAUUAUAGCUCCAGGGCGACUCGUAUGACUAUCACCGACGACGAAUGGACGAAUGCUUCCCGUGCGCUUCGUACUGCGACCCGUGGAGCUAUCUUCUACCUGAUCACCACUGAUAUUUUGGGACCUUUCGGUCUACCCUAUGCGUUUGCAACUAUGGGCUGGGGCCCUGGAAUCGCCUUGUAUACUGUCUUCGCUGGUCUAGCUGGAUACUCUGGAUACCUCCUCUGGGUGACUUUCCUCGGCCUCGAUUCGUACCAGUUCCCUCUACGUAGCUUUGGAGACAUUGGCUUCCGUUUGUACGGUCCCUGGAUGCGUCAUCUCUUCAACAUUCUGCAGAGUAUCCAGCUACUAUUGAACGUCGGCUUGAUUGUCAUUUCAAACGGCGAGGCCUUAUCCCAGGCCGCUAAGUUCAAGCUCUGCUUUAUCAUUUGCUGCUUGGUCUGGGCCUUGGUGGGCUUUUUCCUUGGUCAGGUUCGUACGCUGCAGAAAUUCGGUUGGUUGGCCAAUAUCGCGGUGUGGCUCAAUCUCACUUGCAUGUUCAUUACUAUGGGAGGUGCCGCCCAUUCUCCUCCCAACUAUGCUGGUGCCUCGCAGUCUGCUGGCGCUACUAUCGGCGAUGGCUCUUCUGUUGUCCCGGUCAACGGUGUUUAUCCUCCCGUGAUGACCUCUGGUGGCCUCCCCAGUACUGGAGCUUUCGCCGGAACUGUUAGCGGUGCCAUGCAGGCCGUCUUUGCCUACGGUGGUUCUAUGAUCUUCCCCGAAUUCAUGGCUGAGAUGAAGCGCCCCAAGGAUUUCCUGACUGGCAUGUGGGCCGCCCAGGCUUUCAUCUACAUCUGUUACAUGUUCUACGGUCUUUUCAUCUACGGUUACCAGGGCCAGUACACCAUUAACCCCACAUACCUUGGAAUUAGCAAAUAUAGCAUCCAAACUGCCGGCAACGUCUUUGCUAUGAUCACCGCUAUCAUUGCCGCUGGUCUGUAUGGCAACAUCGGUGUCAAGGUCAUCUACAACAAUAUUCUCGUCGAGCUUUUCCGCUUCCCACCUCUUACAAACAGGACUGGAAAGUUUCUGUGGGUGGCACUUAUCCCGAUUUACUGGGCCAUCGCCUUCGUCCUCGCUGCCGGUAUCCCCAAUUUCUCGGGUCUUACCUCUGUCGUUGCGGCAUUCUGUAUCCUGCAGUUCACUUACACUUUCCCUCCCAUGCUGGCAACCUACUACUGGAUCAAAGAAGCUGCCGUGCAAGAUGGCGAAGGAUUUGACCCAGCCACUGGUCAAACUAUUCGUCAUGACAGGGGACUCAAACGCUUUGUUCGUGGUUUCAUGGCUCAGAAGCCGAAGUACCUGAUGUUCAGCAUCUUCAACAUCUUCUACGUCUUAGGCGCGCUUGCUCUUGCAGGUCUUGGCGCUUAUUCUGCCAUCACUGUCUUGAUCGAUGCCUUUGCGAAAAGCACCACUAAUUCUUUCGUGUGCAAGAGUCCCCUGGAUGGUUAG